AUGAAAGUGUUAGCCAUCGUACUUCUCCUCAUCGCUGUAGCCAGCGCUCAGUUCUACGGCGGAGGCCGUGGCUACGGUGGCGGAGCCUAUGGUGGACGUGGUUACGGUGGAGGACCAUACGGUGGUAGAGGCUACGGAGGUGGACCAUACGGAGGACGUGGCUACGGAGGAGGACCUUACGCAGGAAACCCAGGGUAAAUUGAUAAUUUGUUAUUGAUUUUCCACAAAGUAACAGUCAUUUUUUGAAAAGAGUAGUAGGCUUUUUGUCAAAAUUAUUAUAAAAUCAGUUGGCUUUCUAAAGAUAUAUUUCAUAUCUGGAUUAUGACCGCUUUAUUCUCCUAGCUUUUAAGAAACAGAGCCUUCGAGAACUGGGUUUUCAAGCUAAAAAUAUUUUUUCAGAGCCAUGCUUGGAGCCCAGAUCGGUGGAGCUUUGCUCGGUCGCUAA